UCGACCUGUGACCCAUGAUAAAUUAUCCAACUCAGACUCAACCUGUCACGAGGCAGGUAUGAGAAUCAUGUACCCGCCGGCACCCGCCUCGGACCUGCCCACUACCAUUCCUAUAAUCUUUUUAUUUUCGACAAAAGAUAAUCUGUAUUGAUUCAAGAGAAGAAGUUACACCCUGGAGAUCAGCCAGGUCUCAAAAUCAAAGAAACGACUCAUGGUCGGGUACAGAGAAAGGGCUUUUCUAGCCACCAAAUGGGCUACCCUAUUACUACGUCGACCUAUGAACCGAAUACUCAGCCCCGAAUGGAUAUGAAAAUACUGCGCAAUCUCACCAAGAACAGCACCCAUCCGACUAUCACUAUGGUCACCUGCAUUAAUCUUGUCAAUGAUAACCUUGGCAUCCCCCUCAAACCGAAUAUCCAUGAAACCUAACCCCAGACACCAAACCACAGCCUCCCUGAGCGCAAGGAGCUCUACCAACAGCGGGUUAUCUAUGCCAGGAAACUGAAAUCCUCUGACCAUAUUGACUCCCCCUCCAGGGUAAAACAGAACCACCCCUCCUGCAGAAUGGGAUCCAUACCUCGUGGCACCAUUCCUAUAAUCAUUCUUUCGAAGAUAUACAUAUAUAUGUGGAAGGCACAAAAAUCAUUUGUGCUGCCAUGUUUCACUUUAAUUAUGCGCUGAUGGUUCCUACAUUGUUAUCCACAUAUAUGGAGAUGACAAAUACUCAACUCAUACCUCAAUAAAAAGAUAAAUUAAUAUACAUUGUUAAGAUCUUCCAUGACUCAAUUAACGUAUGUAAUGUCAUAUGAUCCUUUAUGACAUUAACCUCAAUAGAUUUUGAACGAAUAUGAUAAGUUUGUAUUGUUGCUUUAUUCUCUUUUAGAAAAGAAAAAGUAGCAAUGCAAAUCUCAAUUUUACAUUUUCAGAAAUCUACUAGAAUAUUGAAUAUACCUUUCUUCCCUUUCUUUUUUUCCAUUUUGAAAAUCUAUCAUUCAUAGCCAAGUGGAGAGUCUUCACCCCAAAAAAGAAGAGGGAAGUGGACUAGAAAGUAGAGACUCUCUCCAUCUCCGGCACUUAACUCCAAAGCCCAAGAACAUUGCCUGCCAACUCCCACCAAAAUAAAGAAGAAUUUAUUACUGAGAAAAAGAAAAUUAAAUCCAACUGACAGAGGACGAGAAAAUUCUCCCCCUUUACGCUUUUGCUUCCGUCUCUUCCACCUGAGAUCCGAUUCUCCGCUCUCUCGAACCCUAAGAGACAAAAAUUCCCCCCACCCCUUUCCAUCUCGGCUUCCCUAAACCCAGAAUUCGGGGGAACCGGUCGAAUGGACGAGAAGCAGAAGCAGCGGCCCGUUGUUGAAGAAGACCAGGUGGCGGAGGAGCAAGAUCGGAGCAGCGAGAGCGGCGGCGAGUACACGUCGGAGGACGAGGGGACGGAGGAUUACCGGCGGGGCGGGUACCACGCGGUCCGGGUCGGCGAUGCUUUCAAGAACGGGCGGUACGUGGUACAGAGCAAGCUCGGCUGGGGCCAUUUCUCCACUGUCUGGCUUGGUUGGGACACUCAGAAAUCGCGAUAUGUAGCCCUCAAAGUUCAAAAGAGUGCUCAGCACUAUACAGAAGCUGCCAUGGAUGAGAUAACUAUCUUGCAACAGAUAGCAGAAGGAGACCCAGAGGAUCAGAAGUGUGUGGUGAAGCUCUUGGAUCAUUUCAAGCAUUCAGGUCCGAAUGGACAGCAUGUCUGUAUGGUAUUCGAGUAUCUAGGGGAUAACCUUUUGACUCUUAUUAAGUACAGUGAUUAUCGUGGACUGCCCAUUCAUAGGGUCAAGGAGAUAUGCAUCAACAUUUUGGUGGGGUUGGAUUACUUACAUAGACAACUUUCCAUUAUACACACUGAUCUAAAGCCGGAGAACAUAUUGUUGCUAUCAAUGAUCGACCCCUCGAAGGAUCCCAUAAAGGCCAGGACUCCUCUCAUUCUUCCAAAUAGUAGGGACAAGGGUUCAGUAGAGUCUGCCGUCUCGAGAUUAAAUGGCGACUUGACUAGGAAUCAAAAGAAGAAGAUCCGAAGGAAGGCUAAACGAGCAGCUCAUGAAUGUGUGGAGAAGGAAGCUUCUGAAGCCGACAUGGACCGCGAAACAUCUGCAGCAGUGGAGGAAUCUUCUACUGCUAGAGGAAAACCAAGUGUCAAUCGACCAUCUGAUUCUCUUGAAGCAAAGCGGGCCAUUUUAGAAAGGCAGGGUAGUAAAAGGGGAAGCCGCACCACAAGACAGAACCUGCUUGCAUCAGCUGAUCUCAAGUGCAAAUUGGUGGACUUUGGGAAUGCUUGCUGGACGUACAAACAGUUCACGAGUGAUAUUCAGACUAGACAGUAUCGCUGUCCUGAAGUCAUCCUUGGAUCGAAAUACUCUACUUCGGCCGAUCUUUGGUCUUUUGCUUGCAUAUGUUUUGAGCUUGCAACCGGAGACGUGCUCUUUGACCCUCACAGUGGUGACAAUUUUGACAGGGAUGAGGACCAUUUGGCUCUAAUGAUGGAGCUGCUUGGAAUGAUGCCGCGCAAGGUUGCCUUAGGUGGCCGCUAUUCCCGGGAUUUCUUCAACAGAUUCGGUGAUCUGAGGCACAUACGCAGGUUGCGGUUCUGGCCACUGAACAAGGUUCUUGUUGAGAAGUACGAGUUCAGCGAGAGAGAUGCAAGUGAACUGACGGAAUUUCUGGUUCCCAUACUUGAUUUUGUUCCCGAGAAACGUCCGACUGCUGCUCAGUGUCUUCUUCAUCCAUGGAUCAACCGGAUCCUCGGUAGUUUACAGCCGAACCAAGCUCAGGAAACCCGGAAUUCCGAAAAGAAGAGGGACAAGGAUGAGAAAGAGGCCAUGGAGAUUGGCAUGGGGAAAAUUGCUAUCAAUGCGGAUAUGAAUGCUGCUGAUUCUUCCAAAGGUCUGAAGGUCGUGAGCCCCUUAUCUAAGUAGGGUUAUGCACUGUAUUAUCUACAACAGAGCGCAACAGGAAGCCCGGUUCUUGUGCAGCUCCGGAUGGGGUAAUGAUUUUUUGGACAGAGUUGGACGGACAUAUUUCUCAAAUUCAGGGUUGGGGGAACAAUUGUUCCCUGCGAGAGCAUCAUUGAAGUUUGUCUGCCAAUUAUCCUUGUAAAAUUUGAUGCUGGAAAACUGUAGGCAUUCUCAGUAAAAUGAACCUGCCUUUGUCCACAUUUGUUUAUGUUGUGACAUUGGGACCCUCCAAGUACAUUUGUUCUUCAAUCCUACACCAUUCUUUAUUUCUUUUCGGGGGAGAAGGUGCUGGCCCUUUCUAAUAGGGGUGAACAAACACACCCGCAAACCGACCCACCUGUUCAACCCGACCCAACUCACCCGUAUUUAUCACUAAAAUGAAGGUUUUGGGUUGGGUGAGGAUUUUAUUUUGUACAACCCGCCUCUUUUGGGUUGGGUUUGGAUUUUGGAUUACACAACCCGUAGAACCCGAUCCAACCCGUGUUCCAAAUAUUAUUAUGAGUUUGUAUCUAAAAAAUAUUUAUGUCGUAUAUAGCCAUACUUAUGAGAAAAUUAAGAUAUUUCGCCAUGUUUUUCUCUCAUGGUCUCCAUAAUCCAAUGUAUUCAUCGACUUAAAGUUUAGAAAUAAAUUGAAUAUAGUUACGAUUUAUGUAAUCCUUUUUCUUGUGUACAAUUUUAAUAGAAUAACUAUUAUGGUUUAUAAACUUUUUAGCGUAUUUCAACAAAUAUCGUGAAAAAACUAGACAUAUGUUGAACUAAAUCACAUUUUAUUAAAAUUCAAAUGAUAACUUUCACCUCGGUUUAUUCGUUUGAAAUUUUAAUUAGUUAUAAAAUAUUUUUAUGAUGUAGAAUAAUUAUAUAUUUUAUGUUGGGUUGGGUUUUACUUAAAAAUAUCGCAAACCCGACCCAACCCAAUUAGAAACAAACCGUAGAGUUAAAAAAAAAUUUGGUGGGUUUGGGUUUGAUAUUUUCUAAACCGUAGUACAUAGGUCGGGUGAUUAAAAUGGCUAAACCUGAACCACCCGACCCAUGUACACCCCUACUUUCUAAUACUCUUUCUCUCAUUUUCACUGUUCUUAGUUGGACUCCAUUUCCAGGCCCGACCCGACCCAACAAGAUCUCUUACCGGAUGAUGAAUAACAGUAACAGCUUCUCUCUUAUGUGACAUACCAAGUUGGCUUUUGGCUGUUUACAUGAAGAUAACGCCAGCAACACAAUACAAGUUACUAACGUCCUUAUGACCCCAAGAACGGACAAUGAAGAUAACGUUGGAAUCAAUAUUUUGAUAAGUUCUUCUUUGAUCUUAUCUAUUCAAUAAUUUUAAAUGAUCUUAAAGUGUUUCGAGUUAUUAGAAAGAAUCAUUUCAUAACACGAAAGCAGGAAAAUUGUUUCACCAAAUAGGAUUCUCUAGAGAGAGCUUCUGAUAUGCAGAUUUGGUUUGAUUGCAACCUGGAAAUGGCAAUGAAUGAAAUAUUGAGAA